CUCUGCCUCCGCCGCCUCCUUCGCCUCCUCCUCGUCCUACUCUUCGCCCUCCUCCUCCUCCUCCUCCUCCUCCAGACCAGAGCGCCCUCCAGCGGAUCAUGCCAACAACAAAAAAACGGCCCCCGCCAGCCGCCGCGCCGCGGCCGCCCUCACCACGGCCUAUUCGCCACGGAGCGGGGCAGCCCCGACGCCGCCGGCUCGUCCUUGGGCUCCUCCUCCGCGCAGGAGCUGCUGGAAGGCUGCGGCGGCGCGCAGAUAGCCCUGAGCGCGGCGCUGGCCGCCAGCCGCAAGGCGGACGUGCGCCAGGAGCCCCCGUGCACGGAGCCGCGGCGGGCUGCGCGAGCCGACCGUUUCGCCCGGGGCGCCGAGUUGCGCGGCCUCUGGUCGCGGGAUCGGUUCCUGCUCCGCGCUGGCCUGGCGAAGCGGCCGAACUCCGCCGGCCGCAGGCCAGGAGGCUGCUCACCAUGGAUGAGCAGGGUGUCGAAGGCGGAGGCGGCGAGCUACGCGGCCAAGCUGCGGGACCUGCGCCCGCCCGAGGCGUUUUUGCUCGGGAGAGGCGGCGGCGGCAGGCCAUGAGAGGCCCGCUCGCGGCCGCGGCCUGGGCCCUCUCGCGCGCCGCCAGCGGCUCGGCGCGCGGCACCGCCGAGGUACCCCGGCAAAUGUUCGGUAUCGCUGGCAUCUGGCGGACUGUGAGCCUUGACUCGUGGGGGCCGGCGGCGGCUUCAGCACCGCCCCGCGGCACGCUACGAAGUCGCUGUAUCCUAGAGCCCAGUCAGCCAACCAGACCUGGCCCACGUGGCCUCGACGCCAGGGUUCGCCAAAAUGCUUGUUCGCGCUUCCGCUGCGCCCCCCACCCGCGCCUCGCAGAGUGUAAUCAC